UUGGGUGACAAACUGGGUUUCCUGGAGCAGUGGGGUGGGGACAGGUUGCAAAGAGAGGGGUGUCCCAGGCAUUUGUACAGGGGUCAGUGUGGGGGUGGGUGUCCCUGGACUGUGUGUGUUUGUGUAUGUGCGUGCAGGUGUGUGUGUGUGUGUGGCGUCACUUGAGGGGUCACCUAGUGUUUCCUAGCGGAGAGUGGGAAAGUGCCGGCCCCGGCCUCGACAGACUCGUGCAUGCACGGCCCCACCCUGUGGGCCGCCUGACCCUACGGCUGCAGCCCCCGGAUUGUGGGGGCUCUCAGGCAGCAGCGGGGCCGCCUCGCUCACCUGCCCUCGCGUCUCGACAGCCCUGGGAGUAGGGGAUCUUGAACAGCUGCCCUGAUGUUCCUGCCGAUGCGUCUGUCUUGAAGCAAAUCCUGUCUGCAAACCUGGGGUUUAUGCAAAAGCUGAAAUUAGGGAUUUUUUCUUAAGACCUGGAUUUCCCCAUUGAUUUACUGUAGGAUUCUUUGACAGAACAAAUACCCCAGUACAUUGAAAACUAGUCAGUUUAUGGAAAACCAGCUUAAUUCAACAAAUGUUGAGUUCAAGUGUCUGCCAUGCUCCAAGCACAGUGUUGUGGGAAAUAUCAGAGAAGAGCAAGACAGGUCCUUACCCUCCAGGAGCCUUGUCUAGCCGGGAAGAUGAGACUUGCCCCGGGACAUAGGCAAUGACUGUGGGAGAGCAGUGCUGGCCGGUGGCUGGGCUCUCUGCAGCAUCCCACGCGCUCUGACGGGAUGGGCCCGGGCAGGCCAGCCUCCGCCUGCGCUCAUCUAGCACCUUGCGUCCAGCUACACGGGAGGAGUGACCCCAGGACACUUCAGGCCCAGAGCCAGCUGCAGUUUAAUAGGAGCGUUCCUGCCCAUUCCAGCAACUUGGCAGUCCGCUAUUCUUGCCCGCACGCAAUCAGAAUUGAGAAGCUGAAGGACUCAUACAGCGAGUCAUACCACCGUCACGAUCUGGGUUUGAGGGAUGGUCCCGACGGGAGCGGCUCUGCUUCGUUUUCCAUCAUCUCGGAAGAGAGGCUCAGCUGCGCCGUGCACCUGGCCAGGAGAGACAUGAAGCGCAGACAGUUGGAGGAACACGUCAAGCAGCACCGCCUCAGAAGUGAGCCCCAGCUCUCUCAGAGGUGGGGGCCCCACGAGCAUAAGAUCCCUGAGCACGGGGCACAAAGGAAGGAACCGAGGAGCCGGGAAACGUGUCAUUGCGCCCACCAGCCGUCCACGGUGGGAACGUCCUGCUCGGGUGCCAAGGUGUACCUGUCCACAGCUUGUCCAGCACCGUCCCAUCCGGCCGUGCCCCACUCGCCGCCCACGCGCGCCCCGGGGCCGGAGCCCCACCCCAGGACCGGCGGCCACCAGAGCCUGCUGGAAGUGCAGCAGCUCCAGAGGGCAUUGAACACCUGUGUCCACAAAAUGGAAGCAGUCUCUGAGAAAGAUAGAGCGGAAGAAGCUUUGGACCCAGAUGAGGAGCGGCGAGUCCAAGUCCGGAGGCAGGAGCAAGCCGUGCGCUCCGCCCGGAUGCUCUAUGUCCUGCAGCAGCAGGUGAAAGAGAUCCAGGAAGAGUUGGAUAAAUUGAGCCCACAUAAAAUCAGACCCACGAAGAAGUCCUGGGUGAUGUCGCGGCUGGCGGCUGCCCACCGAGGAGCCAUCCGGGCCUUACAGGCAUUGGUGACGCAGCUCACGGACCGCGGGGAGCCCCCGGUUCCUGCACGCUGUAGGGGGCUGGGCAGCCUUAUCCGCCGGCUGUCACUCUGCUCCGCCAAGCUGGACGCCGACCCUUCCGUCCCCGAUGUGGUCAUGGACAUCCUGCGACAGACUGAGGCUUUGGAAUCCCUCCUGGAGAAGAAACCGUCACCAAAACAAGUGAAGAAAAGUGUCACAGAAACUCGGAGCAGGUUUCCUGUUGGUGGCCGCAGGGCCUUGGAGAGAUGGCAGAGUCCUUCGCCCAAGCAUGAGAAGAGACCCCUCGUAGCAAAGGAGACAUUUCCAGAGGAAGCAAGAUGGCCUUCGGGGGCAAAAACGCUCCUUGCUGAUAAGUGUCCCCCUGGGGCAGUGCCUGCAGCGACCUGGAGGUUGGAGCAUGGGCUGGAUGCGAUGGGUGCGGAGACCUUUCCGGAAAAAGCCCUGUCAGUUCCAGACCACAGCACCGGCUUCCCGGCAGAUCCACGGGCCCUGGCGAGAGCCGGAGUGGCGGCAGGGAGGCCCACGGCCAGCAGCGCGGUGCUCGGGAAGAAGGAGGCCCAGGCGCCGGCGAGGCUGCCUCAGGGACUCCACAAAGCUGAAAGAAGUAGACCAGCCCAGUCCCAGAGCAGAAGCCGAUUGCAGCGCACGACAGUGUCCUCCAGACUGAAAAUGAACCAGCAGCCUCUGAGAGACAACAGGGCCCCUUGGGUGCCCCCGAACCCCACGUCCCCACCAGCAUCUCCUAAGUGUGCUGCCUGGCUGAAGGUGAAGCCGAGCCCCAAAGAUGCCACAAAAGAACAGUCGCUCCAGCAGGACAAGGCUCAGGAAGAGAGUCCGUUGAGGGGAGCUGUUGUGCAGGAAGCAGUCAGACUCGCUUGGCUUGACGCUGAAGCUUGUAAAACCUUGAAGGAGCUGCAAGAACUGAAAGCUGAGGGCUCGGACAAGACGCAGAGGCACAGCGUCUCGGACACCCAGGUAGCAGACAAGGUCGAGAAGCUGGUCCUGCAGCGUUUGAAGCCUCUCCUGGUCAAGGCCCAGCAGAGAGUCAACUCUUCUCUGGAAGCAGAUCCUCAGCUGAGGGACCGGCCGUCAGCAGACACGGCGACCGCCCAGCCCACGGAGGAGGCUGCGGCUGUGGACCGUGCGCCCCGCAGCCUUCGCCAGCUGGGGGACUGUUUGGAAGACGCCACUCACGGGCCCUGGGCCACGACCCGCCGUAGGGUCUCGGAGCCGGAAGCCUCCGCUCCCGUGGGGGACGGCAGGGACAGCCCGUAUCUGGAGACUCUGAUGCUGCGGGUGGAGGAGAUGGAGAAAUACCAGGAGACAGUUCGCCAAAGAUACAAUAAAAUUGACUAUGCUGAUCCUCAUCUUUGGAUGCAGGAAGGGAAGACGGAGCUCCCAGCAGUAAGUGAAAGGCCUCUUUCUCCUCAUCCAGUCAAGAUCACAAAGACCCCAGCUCGCAAAGACCCAGACGUGAACAUCGUGUUGGAAAGACCCCAGAAUGGCAAUUCCCUGGAUGAAAGCGUGGGGACUGACGAGGGGCCUGAGAAGAGAGGGGCUCCCCUUGUGCCCCUUCCAGAGGAGAGUCCACAGAAGGAAGGCCAGGUCGCCCUGCAGGUGCCCCCGGGCCUACGGCACAGCAUCAGCGACUACUGUAGCCGCUUCGAGAAGUACCUCCGCCUGGUGGCGCACGAGGCCGUGGGUGCCUUCGACCCGUGGCUGAUGGCCGAGAGGGUCGAGGGGUUAGUGCGUGCGUCCGCGCACCUGACGGGGAGGCCAGAGCGAGUCGUCCACUGAGCUGGGGAGUUUGCAGCCCUCGUGGAUAACGGGGUGCACGCGCUUCUCCGACGAGCUGGUAGACGAGGCUCUGGGGGCCGUGGCUGCGGAGCUGGAGGACGCGUGUGAGGACUAUGCGGAAGCCGUGUUCACCUCGGAGUUCCUGGAGGCCGCGACCUGAAGGCGCUCCCUCCGCGGCCAGCCUCCUCCCUGGGGCCCCAGGCGGUCUGAGCCUGGCUGUCCCUCUGUGCUGCCGGGGUGCUCCCACGGGGAGGGGGCCCUGGCAUCUUCUUGUCGUGGCGAUGGUUCUGGGGUUGAUGACGGAGGGCGAGCUGUUUUCCGGGGCCUGGGAAUCGUGAAUUAUGACAACGUAAUAGUUUCUCAGUGUGUAAUUUUCCUACUGAGAUCCUAUGCUCGUUCGGCUGCUGAGUCUGGGGAUGCGAGCGUUUGGAGAGGCGCCAGCCGGUGUCUCUCCCUCGAGGGCCCACGUUGCUGCCUGAGCUCCCGUCACCCCGAGCUCGCUGCCACCGGGACAGGAGCCCGCCUGCCCUCAGCAUGCUGCCAGCCAGUCCUCCACCCCUGCCGGUCCUCCGUGCGCAUCGCGGUCCGCAGCCUGUUCUUGCCCCGGCGGACGCAUCUGAUGUGCAGACGGUGUCAGGGUGCGGGGGCCAUCGGAGGCCAUCGGGAGGGUCCCGAGCUGGCGUCCCUGUGUGCGGGGCCGGCGCUUCCACGCCUGCGGACCCAGGGGAGCCCGGGCACGGGGAGAGGACCGGCCUGGAUGCGGGAAGCCCUCCGGGGCCCCCGAGACAGGAGGACACGUAAGAACCACAGUCGCGCGACCCUCUCGCCCCCGCCAAGCUGUGUUUACCGAGAAGAGCCUCUAAUUUUUCAGAAAAAGGAAAGGAAUGCGCGUAAACGUAAGGCCACUUCCUGGAAGAAGCUUCCCUCCGUCGGCCAGCCUGGGCUUGGCGGAGGGGCCGCAACGGGAGCGACGCGAGGCCCCUGUGGAUAAUGUGAAUCCUUGUGACGCGUGCGGUGUUGCGUCUGGACUUCCUCUGCGGUGCGCGUGUUUGAGUGACCGCGUGAGCCGCUCGUCACAGCAACGCGCGCACAGCUGGGUCGUGUGUGUUGUUGAUGUUCUGCCUAAUUGCACGCGGCCUUGGGAUCAAGGAGGCUCUGGGGUUAAAGGUCUUUGUUGUGCGGGAGGCGCGCGUGCACCUGAGGCGGCGGCGGCGGUAGCUGGAGUUCGUGUGGCCGUUUGUAUGGUGCUGAUUCCUUGAAUAAACUCAGGAUUUUACAGUA